AUGUGGCUUAAUCUGGUGAUACUGGGCGCACUAUUCAACAUGAUGCGACUGAUGACCGGUGUGGAUGGAUGUCCAUCGGAAGUGUGCGUUUGUAAGUGGAAGGGAGGCAAACAGACGGUCGAAUGCGGCGGCCGAGGUCUCAAUCGGAUACCGGAAGGCAUGGAUCCCGGUACGCAGGUGUUGAACUUCUCCGGUAAUGGACUGACGAUUUUGCAAAGUGAGCGAUUGAAGCGAAUGGAUCUUAUCAAUCUGCAGAAGAUAUACAUGGCAAGAAAUCAGCUUAUCAAAAUUCACGAUCGAGCUUUCAAGGGGCUCACCAACUUGGUGGAGCUUGACCUAUCGGAAAAUAUGCUAUCCGUUGUGCCGACAGAAACUUUUGCCGACUAUCCUGCUUUGAUGCGGCUUUCUCUCAGCGGAAAUCCGAUUCGAGCACUGAGAACCAACGCAUUUAAGCAUCUAUCCUUCCUCACAACUCUGGAGCUCAGUAACUGCCAGAUCGAGCUCGUAGAAGAUGAAGCAUUUAUCGGUAUGGAUAAUCUCGAGUGGCUCCGAUUGGAUGGUAACCGAAUCACCAACAUUCAGGGCAACCAUGUCCUGCCGGAAUCUCUACACGGAAUCAACCUACAAGCAAACAGAUGGCAAUGUGAUUGCCACUUGCUCGAUAUUCAUACUUGGUUGAACAGUUUUAAUGUCCCACAACGGGAGGAACCGAAAUGUUCUGGCCCGCACAGGCUAGCAGGUCAAGUUAUAAGAAACAUCCAUCAGGAAGACCUAGCUUGCCUGCCAGUAAUAACUCCGGACGCACUGUACAGGGAAAUUGCUGAAGGUCGAAACAUGACCCUCACCUGCAAGAUAUCCGCCAUCCCUGAGGCGUCCGUUUCUUGGUGGUUUCAGGGGCAAAUGUUACAGAAUGAUAGUUUAUUAGCGCCUAAUCUGCAUCUCUAUCACUACAACGACGAAGCCGGAGGUGAAGAAAAGCGAAGUGAGCUGUUAAUCUUCAACACCAGUCCGGACGACAAUGGAACCUUUUCCUGCGUCGCAGAAAACUCUGCUGGUCGUGUGCAGGCUAAUUACACGCUGCAUGUUAUCGUUAAAGAGGAGCCCGUAGUGGAGGAGGUGACUUUUUCACAAGAAUACUUUUUAAUCAUCGUUGGAGUUAGUGCUGCCACAGGGUUUCUACUAUUUCUUACUAUCUGUUUAAUAAUCUGUAAAUGCAGUCGACGUGGCGGAAGGAGAAAUGCGGGCAAGAAAGCUCGUGGAAAAUCCAAUUCCGAUACGACCUCCAGCAGUCAGAAGUGUUCGUCAAUCACAAACGAUAUUGGAGAACCAUUGACCUGUUCGAAGAUUAAUGGAUCGGUCGGAAUAGGGGAAAAUAAUCAACAGGACGUUGUUCUAUAUUUGAAUACCACCAAUAACCUCGAUAAGGCUGGAUUAGGCAAUUUAGCGCUGGGAAGUUCUGUUCAGUUUUGUAGUCCUCCUUCGGCUCGCAGUUACCAGGAACAGAAUCCUGAUUUGAUAAACGACGCAGAAAGCGGAAAUAAAACGCGUGGUCGUCCGGAAACGUUAGACUCGGACAUGGGUGAGAACGAUCCAGAUGAACAUAACAGCGUACAGGAUUCCAACAGUGAAGCCAGCUUUCAGCAAAAUUACUUCCAACCAUCGAUGGGUAUUCGACCGGUGGUUCCACGGUUUUCCGCCUUGUCUACACUGCCUAGAGGAAUCAACAAAGACAUGUAUCAGCACCAAGUGGACAUUCAUCUAAGCCCAGGAUGUUUCCUCGAUCAAAACGGGUUUCCUAUCGAGCUGAACCUAAUGGCCCAAGGAGAGCCAACUGUUAACUAUUAUCGAACGUUACCGCACAAUCGGGGCCAAAAGGGCCAACCGAAGGUACGCUAUUCGAACGACGCGGAAUUCAUUACGCGAACCUCGCAAACCUACCAACUGUACGGUGGCAUUCCGGCGGACAUUCGAUAUACGGCCGAAGGAUACCCGCAGCAGGCUGGUGGAGAGUCUACAAGCGCAAGUCAAUUCCCUUCUCCUCCGGAAGGAUACAAAGCCGAACCGGGCGGUGUGAAGCAGCUAACAUACAUGAACGCACCGGCAGCGAUCUGCGUCGGAGCAACACCUCCGCAGCAGUGGCCAUCGUUUCUACCAGGCUAUCAUCCUGCGCAGCUAAUACCCAUCACCGGCCAGGUCGGGUCGGAUUUCAACCGUUACUUACCUCCGCCGGCACUGACCGGUGCUGCCAGUUCGCAGACCAGUAGCAGCAGCAGCAGUCCUACGGGAGCACCCGUGCUGAAGAAAUGCGUCGGCGCGCAAACGAUGGAGUUGCACGAUAAGGAUGUAAUACCAGAGCAACGUGAAGACGAAGAAGAGGACGACGAGGACAAUGGUACGGAUCGCGAGAGUGGUAACGCCAAACUAAGGCACCUGACCGGACCGCUGGCGGACAGUCCGGAUGAGGGUUACGUUGGCGAUAGCCACGAGACGACGGAUAUUUGA